AUGUCAGGGAGCGCAAAGGCCAUCCGCCUCCCCCCCCUCAAGACGCUGCGCGUCCACAAUCCCAAGCGCCAGCCCGAAAACCCUUGCAUCGCCAUCAUGUCCAGCGUCCUAGCCUGCUGGGCCUCUGCGGGCUACAACGCCGCCGGAUGCGCCGCCAUCGAGAACCAGCUCCGCAAAUGCAUGGACGGCCCUCCGCCGCCGCCCGCCCCCGCGAACACAAUCAACUACCACUUGUCCCGGAUGCAAAAUGCUCUCAAACUCGGGAUCCGUCCCACGCUCAAAUACUUAAGAGGCCAAAGGAUGGAAGAGCGACGUUUCGAAGCAGAAGAGCAAGGAAUCUCGCGCGCGAGGGAAAAUGCGCAAAUCACACAGCCCAUGACGAAGCUUUUUGACGAAACCACAAACAAAGAGGGGUGGAGGAGGGGCAACAAGGCAUAA